ACUGUCUUGGCAUCACUUCUCGUCCUUCCUCCGGCGUCAUGUGAAGGGGGUUCACCGUGGUUUCUGUCGGCCCAGACCGGACCCCCACUCCGUCGAGCUCUUUCGUAAGCGCUGACCUCCUUGCCCAGGUAGUUCGCGUGGGGUAGUGUCUCUGUCCCCGCUGUCCCCGGUUUAUCCUGCACCCCUCGGCGUGCGGCGGAGCGGAGGAUGAGCGAGCAAGGGAAGGGCUCGGCAUCCGCCUCUGCCGCGGCCCCGGCACCAGGGUCGGAUACUUACAAAGGCUGGCUUUUUAAAUGGACGAACUAUUUGAAAGGCUACCAGCGGCGAUGGUUUGUCCUCAGCAAUGGCCUGCUCUCAUAUUACAGGACGCAGGCGGAGAUGGCCCAUACGUGUCGUGGAACAAUCAACUUGGCCACGGCACACAUCGACACAGAGGACGCCUGCAAUAUUGUCCUGAGCAGUGGUGGCCGCACUUACCACCUGAAGGCUAGCACAGAAGUGGAGCGGCAGAGAUGGGUCACAGCGCUGGAGUUGGCCAAAGCUAAAGCCAUCCGCAUGAUGAACGAUCAAUCUGAUGACUCAGGGGACGAGGAGCCCACAUCCCAGUCGGACCGCAGCGAGAUUCAGGGUACCCUGAAGAUACUUGUCAGCAAGCUCGAUGACCUCAGCACGUGUAAUGACCUGAUCGCCAAGCAUGGGGCGGCCCUGCAGCGUUCCCUGAGUGAACUCGAGGGCCUGAAAGUCCCCGUGGAGGGAGGGGAGAAGAUCAAGGCAGUCAACGAAAGGGCCACCCUCUUCCGCAUCACUUCCAAUGCUAUGAUCAAUGCGUGUCGAGACUUCUUGGACCUAGCAGAGACUCACAGUAGGAGGUGGCAGCGGGCCCUGCAGUAUGAGCGAGAGCAGCGCACUCACCUAGAGGAGACCAUUGAGCAGCUAGCCAAGCAGCAUAACAGCCUGGAGCGAGCGUGGAGAGAAGCACCCACGCUUGUUUCCAGCGCACCCAGUGCCCCUACCACCAACAAGGGAAGUGAGAGGCCGCACAAAGAAGAGGCAAGUGAUGAAGAUGAGGAUACUGAGUAUUUUGAUGCCAUGGAGGACUCCCCUGCAUUCAUCACAGUGACUGCCACUGAGAACACACAGCACAGACGAUCUCAGAGUAAUUUGAGCGGAGCGAGCGGAGGUCACCCCAAUGACUGGAACCAGGACGACCAUAUGUCUCCCAGCUGUAACGAUGUGUCAGGGAAGGAGCUGCAGCCCCGCAGACAGAGGCGGACUCAUAUCCCAGACAAGCCCAACUACUCCCUCAAUUUAUGGAGCAUCAUGAAGAACUGCAUUGGCAAGGAGCUCUCUAAAAUCCCCAUGCCUGUAAACUUCAAUGAGCCCCUGUCAAUGCUGCAGCGUCUCACUGAGGACCUGGAGUAUCAUGAGCUUCUGGACAAGGCAGCACGCUGUGAGUCCUCCCUGGAGCAGAUGUGCCUGGUUGCUGCCUUCUCGGUCUCCUCCUACUCCACAACAGUCCACCGGACAGCGAAGCCCUUCAACCCCCUCCUGGGCGAGACCUAUGAGCUCGAUCGCCUGGAAGAGUUCGGCUACCGCUCGCUGUGUGAGCAGGUGAGCCAUCACCCCCCUGCAGCUGCACAUCAUGUGAUUUCCCAACGAGGCUGGACCCUGUGGCAGGAAAUCACCAUUGCCAGCAAGUUCCGCGGCAAAUACCUCUCCAUAAUGCCUCUGGGUGCCAUUCACCUGCAGUUCCACGCCAGCGGGAACCACUAUGUUUGGAGAAAGGUCACCUCCACGGUGCACAACAUCAUUGUGGGCAAGCUGUGGAUUGACCAGUCGGGGGACAUUGAGAUUGUGAAUCACAGGACCAAGGAGACCUGCCAACUCAAGUUCUCUCCCUACAGUUAUUUCUCCAGGGACGUUCCACGGAAGGUGACAGGUGUGGUGUCAGACAGUGGUGGCCAAGCUCACUACAUCCUCUCCGGUACAUGGGAUGAUAAAAUGGAGAGUGCCAAGAUCAUUCAGAGCAGCCGAGGGGGCAGUGGAUCAGAGGGCAAGCAGAAGACCGUCUAUCAGACUUUGUCCCCCAAACUGCUGUGGAAGAAAUACCCUCUCCCGGAGAACGCUGAUAACAUGUACUACUUCUCUGCGCUGGCACUGACCCUGAAUGAGCUGGAGGAAGGAGUGGGACUUACCGACAGCCGUCUGAGACCAGACCAGAGGCUGAUGGAGGACGGGCGAUGGGAUGAAGCAAACUCAGAAAAACAGAGGCUAGAGGAGAAACAAAGAGCUGUGAGAAGGAGGAGGGAAGCAGAGGCCUCAGACGCUCUGGAUGAAGAGUGUGAUUAUGACUCUGGUAAAGAAUAUGAAGGCUACCAGCCGUUGUGGUUUCACCAGAGGAGGGACUCAGUCACUGGCGAAACAAACUUUGUGUACAAGGGAGGUUACUGGGAGGCAAAAGACAGACAAGACUGGAGCAUGUGUCCUGACAUCUUCUAACCCAGGAACUGACCCCGGAUCACACCUAACCUCAUCGGACAGGGAACUGCUCAGCCUCUGGUCCUUACGCAUUCAGGCGUAGUUGGCUUAUGAGCUCUAUGUGGACCUUUGUGAGCAUGAGAAUGUGUAUGUUUCACACACUCUCGGAUUACACUGUACCUCCAAAUGUACACUCUCACUCUGUUUUUACUAUGGGUUAAAAGAAGGGGCGUUCCCUGGGUAGUCCUCUUUUACACUAUACUAUAACAGCAGUGAGGUAAUGUGUGGAUGUGAGAUAAUGAAGAUGUAACAUCACACAAUAAAGGCACCUGUGCACUCCCUAUCACUGACAACUAACAGGACAAAAUCAUAAAGAGGCACACAUCAGUAUUUCAGUGGUUACAAGAAAAACGUGUCCUCAUACUCAGUUUUCUUUAGCACAAUUGCGAUUAUGCUAGGCCUACUUUAUAAAUUUUAAAUUGGUUCCCUCUUUUCUCUUCAUAGGAAUGAUUUCAAGUGCUUAUAUUUGCCCCUUUUGGUUGCUUAAAGAUAGAGCCUGAGUAUGAUAUCUGGUAAUUUCUGUCUCUUAGGUUUUGUAAAAUAUUAUGGAGACCCAAAGUGUUUUAAAUUAAAAAAACAAAAAACAUCACCAUAUUAAUAACUACAGACAAUGUAAUAUAACCAUAAAAUAGUGAAAGAAUCAAAUACAUUUUUAAAAAUUAACUCAUUUUAUAAAAUGUCAUUUCUUGCUGCUUAUUAGGAGCAAUGGAGUUUAUUUCCAUUUUUAUUUACAACUAUGUUACUUUAAUUUUUUCCCAUAAUUCCACAUUUUUUUUAUCAAAAAAUCUUUAUCUGUUAGUCAAGACAAACAGGGCAGAGCCAAUUAUGUGCACUUGCUUUAAUCUAAUUGACAUUACCAAAUGAAAUGGUCAUUGGGAAAAUUAAAAUAAAUGAAAUAAAUACAGACUUUGGAAAAAAAUACAUUUUGAAAUAAAAACUGCUAAAAAGAAAACCAACUGACUGCAAUAAACCAAUUUAAGUGUGAAAAUAAUUUAUUCUCAAAUGAAUAUGAUUGCAGUUUUAUUGUAGUUAUAUAGUUUGUCUGUAUUUAUUUAUAUGAUUAUUUAUUUGGGUCUCCAUAAUCAACAGCUAUUUUUGAUUGGGCAAAUGAUCUCCUUCUUAUAAGGUUGAGGCUGGUUUAUCUGAAGUGGUAAAAUAUUUAGCAAUGCAGAAAUAUGUUUUAAUAUGUUUUAUUUGUUGUGAAUGUAGGGGUCUCCCUAUAGGUACAUGCAAUUAGUCUGUUCAAUAGUCAGUUAGACUGUAGUCCAUGUAGUGAUAAUAUUGGCGGCUUAUCCAUUGCAUACUUUGAAUAUGAAAUGCCUUUGUGCUUAAUGCAUUUCAGUCAUCUAAACAUACUUCAGACAUCUUCCAUUUGUGAUUCUGAUUAGCAAAAUUCUACAGUAGUCAGUCCUUUAGUUGUAACACAUUAGUGCAAAUGCAACAGUACAACAUUAAACUUCAAAACAUUCAUAUCACUCUAACAGGAAUCUCCAUCAAAUACCUGAAUACGCACUUUUCACUGUGGUUGACCAUAGGUUAGCACAUAUCUCUGUGUUGAUGUUGAUGUUGAGACUUUACCUUGUCUUCUGGUGCUCUCCCAUAGCAACACAUACCAUAUCCUUAGUGACCAUUUUGACUGACAUCAUUCUUAGUGAUCGUACAAAGUACUAAGUCUGCGCCAAAUCACUGAGACAAUCAGUCAUUGCCACCCAGUGCAUCCAGGAACAUGUUGGUUCCUAUAGUGUGCAUUGCACUAGCUCCUCCCAUCAAUCACUAAUUUGUAGUUCAGAUGUUUUGCAGUGGGACUACACUACGUGAGACUGGAGUGGUUUCUCAUAGGAGUUCACAGUGGCUUCAGCUGAGGUCAGGAAGUCAGGGCUGGUUCCUGUAACACACCACUGUGCAGUCAGUUUUAGCCACAGAGGACUCCCCCAGCUGCUGCUCCAGACUCACCAGAGCUCACAUGUAGUCCUUUCAUUCAGUGUUUGUGGACACGCUGAUCUGGGAUCAGCUCACGAAGGUACCCUCAGUCUUUUGCCUUUAAUUGACUGAACAAGGGAAAUAGUCCUCUGACCUGUGCACUACAUGUCUACAGUGACAAGAGUUACAGUGACAAAACCAGUUAGUAUUUUUUUGUAAUUAUUGUUAGGAAUGUAGGAUUCAAGGCUGGAGGUAUUGUAUCUACCGUCUGGUCUAUUUGUGUGAAUAUUUUGUGAUAAAAGAAUGAUAUUGUAAAAAUUAAGAAUAAUUAUACUAAUCGGAGUAUUAAGUUAUCUGUACAGCAUAGUUCAAAUUUGAAAAAUUGACUGAAUGAGCCUGAAGGAUUUGUUGUAAUUUUAAUUUUUAAUCCAGAUUAAUUCUGUGAAGAUGGAAGUUAAUCCUGAGGCACCUGCAAUCUGGCUGCAGAUUCAUCUUUUAUACUUCCAUAAACUGUCUUAACACACUGAAAAUAAAUUUUAUAGAGUCCUUGAUACUAGCACAUUAGUAACUGUGGUUCAGUUAUCAUUUCUUCUGAUGUGGAGGGCAUGAAGAUGUUUAAAAUGCACUGGAAAAGAAAUUCAUUAACAGUAGAGUUCCCCUCCAUGCUGAGUGUUUGGCUGAUAGAGAUUUUCAGUUGUAUAAUAUGAGCUCUUAAAGUGUAAACUGUUUAUCUGUGAGAUUCUUUACCAGUGAAUUAAUGAAAUGAAAUGAUUGAUGAUUGAUGUUUUUUUGCACAAAAGAUGCUUCUUUUACCCAUUUACAUAAAAGGUUUUGAUUAAUUUUUGAUUUGUGGUUGUCAUGAACACAGUUUGAUCAAUCACUAAAUCUCUUGUUUAGAACAAUUUGGUAAAAGGAAAAAUGUAGCAUUUUUGGAAAUACAUCUUAUAUCUCUUUAAGAGAAGUUUCAUACCUCUUUAAAUUCUCAAGCUUUAACCAGCAGCUGUUUAGCUUAGCUUAGCACAAAGACUGGAAACGGGGAUAACAGCUAGCCUGGCUCUGUCUAAGAGUAAAGAAUCCACUUACCAGCACCUCUGAAGCUACUGAUAACACAUUAUAUCUUCUUUGUUUAAUCUUCAGGAAGUCAAUGCUCCUGGUCAACCAAUACUCUUAACACAUAACUCCCCUUAAAACAACAACUAUACACUUUGGGUUUUUUACAAAUUAAACAAAUGAGAUGUUAAUUAGUCAACUUCAGAGCUGCUUGUAGCUGGAUUUUUUUUUUUGUUGUUGAAAGGAUCCAGUCUAGUUAUCUCCCUGUUUCCAUUCUUUGAGUUAAGCUAAGAUAACUAGCUACUGGCUUUAGCCUUACCGCACGACAGACAGUCAUGAGAGUGGUAUUGAUCUUCUCAUCUAACUUUUAACAAGAAAACAAAUAAGUGUAUUUCCCAAAAUGUCAAACGAUUCCUUCAAUUUUACUUCACUGCUUGAGUUCUCUUCUCGUCUAUCCGCAUCACACAGACUCAAACACUUCCAUUAGCACGUACAUAAAUACAAGCUAUUGAGGUUGUGGACACUUUAAAUCAUAUCAUGGGUGUCACAUAUAGGGAUGGACAUUACUGCAGCAAGAUGUUUCUUUUUUUUUGCCAUCUUGGAAAUUGUCAUUGUACAGUUAAUUCUGUAUCAUCACGCACAGUCAUGACAUCUGACAGAACACCGGUCACUGCUGAGUGGUGGUGAAGAAACUGUACAAAUGGAAACUUAGUUUGUGAUUUACUUUUUUCAGCGAUCAAUAUGAGGUUCACUAGAGAUUUACUUUAAUAUAUUGUGUUUGAGAUGAUUUUAUAUUUGAGAAUACAUAUUAUAUUUUGGAUGAUAAUGGAGAGCUCAUCAUACGUUUUAAUCAAUAUAUUUCCAAAUAACUUGACCUCAGUACUUGAUGGUGACUUGCCUACUGAAGUUGCCCCUCUGAGGGCUUGUACAGUCUCGGACAGCUGUAGCAAUAACGCUGUGAGGUGUAGAUUUGUUAGGUGAUGGCUGUUGUUGCUUCAUACAGUUGUCUGUCUCAUGCAGAAAGGGGAAAAAACAACCAAAGUGUAAAUGGAGAGUGUACUGUAGACUUUAAAAAUAAAACUCUUCAUCUGCCUUCCCUAUUUCAUAGGGAUCUAAUGUAAACCCCCCCUCAUUGUUUCUCUCAUUUCAUCUCACCCAACUCUCAAUUCACUAUGGUGUGAUUUUUAGCUUUAAUUUUUAUGCUUUUAUUUUCUCUUCUGGUUUCUAUCUUCUCAUGGGUGCCAUUAUUCUUAUGUUGGUGUUUUCAUACUGUUUGUAUGCAUAAUGAGCUUGAUUUGUGUGCAUGCGUGGCACACAUUUCCUUCUCAUAUAGUUUUGAGGCAGAGGUCAACUAAUGAAGACCGGGAGAUUUUUCUUGCCUUGUCUACACUGAACCCUGUUUCUCCUUGGACUGUGACUCACGGCUUUGUUGUAAGACAGUGGUGAUGUUAAUCUGUAUUCGAUGAAAGUUAUGAAACACAUCACAACAGUGGCCUGGUACAGGAGGUCAAAGGUGAUUGACCUGCCUUGACUACUACUCUUACUUCCCAAAUACACAAACGUGUAUUCAGGUGUUACUGCAGAUUCAACUGAGGUUUUGCUUCUUUUUUUUUUUAAAUUGUGUAUUUUUCUCCCUUAAUUUCUACUCGUAUAACAUUGUCUUUAAACAACAAAGACACAAUAAUGAAAAAAGAAGAUAAUAAAGUUGUUAUUGUUGACACUGAA